GGCAGUAGUAGUAGUAGUGAUGGCAGUAGUAGUAGUAGUGAUGAUGGUAGUAGUGAUAGUAGUAGUGAUGAUGGCAGUAGUAGUAGUAGUAGUGAUGAUGGCAGUAGUAGUAGUAGUAGUAGUAGUAGUGAUGAUGGCAGUAGUAGUAAUAGUAGUAGUGAUGAUGGUAGUAGUGAUAGUAGUAAUGAUGAUGGUAGUAGUAGUAGUAGUAGUGAUGAUGGCAGUAGUAGUAGUAGUAGUAGUAGUGAUGAUGGUAGUAGUAGUAGUGAUGAUGGUAGUAGUAAUGAUGAUGAUGGUAGUAGUAGUAGUAGUAGUAGUAGUAGUAGUAGUAGUAGUAGUAGUAGUGAUAAUGGUAGUAGUAGUGAUGAUGGCAGUAGUAGUAGUAGUAGUAGUAGUAGUGAUAAUGGUAGUAGUAGUGAUGAUGGUAGUAGUAGUAGUAGUAGUAGUGAUGAUGGUAGUAGUAGUAGUAGUAGUAGUAGUGAUGAUGGUAGUAGUAGUAGUAAUGAUGAUGGUAGUAGUGAUAGUAGUAAUGAUGAUGGUAGUAGUAGUAGUAGUAGUAAUGAUGAUGGUAGUAGUGAUAGUAGUAAUGAUGAUGGUAGUAGUAGUAGUAGUAGUAGUAGUAGUGAUGAUGGUAGUAGUAGU